AUGUCGACCCCCGGCGGUCCACCCAGUGACGCCGAGAUGCGCGACGCAGACCAGCGAACGCCUCUCGCCCCAGCAUCACUCUCCAACAGGAACACAGCGGGCGCUUCGUCGCCACUCGCUUUCCCUUCCAGCAGUCCCCUCAAAAGCCAGGCGUCCAGCGUCAGGGCGCCACAGAGCUCGCUAGGAGCUUCAUCUCCAUUGCACUUCCCAACAUCAUCGCCGUCAGCUCGAUCCUCAAGGGGCCAGAGGACACCUCUUGCUGCCGCACGACGCAGUCAGAAUGCAGAGAACCGUCUGCCCUCCAGCAGCAGCGGCAUCAGCCGUCUCGACGAGCCCCUCUUCUUUCCCAGCUCUGGCGGCACCACCCCUCGCCACCAGCGUCGUGGAGAGAUCCACUCUUCCGUUGCCCUCUCCUCGCCAUCGUUCUCGAGGAGAAACCGUAUCAACAACGGUAUCGACAGCGCCAGCCAAGGCGAUGGUGCACCCACCCGUGCCUCUUCUGUUUUUGGUGGCAGUCAGCCUACCGCCGACGGUCAUAGCGAUGCGUUGAGCUUCUCACAGCAGGGCGUCUCCAGCGACGCUGCUGCCCCGGGCCAGGACGGCGUGUCCAAGGUCAUUUGGGGCACCAACGUGUCGAUCGGCGAGACCAUGGAGAUGUUCCGUUCCUUCCUUCGCGGCUUCCGUCUCAAGUACCGUUGGGCACACGCCAAGAAGCUCGGCGAGCCCCUUUCCCCCGCUGCUACCGGCAACCCCGCCGAAGGCGAGCGCCUCGUCUACGAAGGCUACCUGCGUCGCAUGCGCAUCACCGACCAGACCAACCUCAAUCUGCGCAUCUCGGAUCUCGAGGCUUACCCACCGUCGAAGCGGCUCAAGAUGCAACUCAUCCGCUAUCCGCAGGAGAUGGUGCCCAUCAUGGACCAGGUUCUGAAGGAUGAGAUGCUCGAGAUGGCCUACGAGGACCAGAAGGAGGGGCGCGACGGCAUGGGCGGCGACAUGGGUCUCGCCGAGAUCGAGCUUAUGGAGACCAAGCUCUACAAGGUGCGCCCUUACGGUGCCGAGGCGAUCAACAUGCGCGAUCUCAACCCGUCCGACAUUGACAAGCUCGUCACGGUGCGCGGUCUCGUUAUUCGCGCUACACCCAUCAUCCCCGAGAUGAAGCAGGCUUUCUUCCGAUGUCUCGUCUGCAACCACACCGUACCUGUGGAGAUCGACCGCGGUCGCAUUGCCGAGCCCGACCGAUGCCCGCGACCGGUGUGCAACCUGCAGGGCUCCAUGUCGCUCAUCCACAACCGAUGCGAGUUCUCGGAUCGACAGGUGGUGCGCAUCCAGGAGACCCCGGAUGUGGUUCCGGACGGUCAGACGCCCCACACGGUCAGUAUGUGUGCAUACGACGAGCUGGUAGACGUCUCCAAGCCAGGCGAUCGAGUCGAGAUCACGGGCAUCUUCCGCAGCACUCCCGUCCGCGUCAACCCGCGCCAACGUAGUCUCAAGAGUCUCUACAAGACGUUUGUUGACAUCCUCCACAUCAAGCGCACCAACGGUAAGCGGCUCGGUGUCGACCUUUCGACGCGCGAUGCUGCGGAACAGGCGGCCGGUCCCGGCGCCCAGGCCGUAGGCGUUGGCGGCGAGGAGGACGACGAAGACGUCGAGGUGCCAAGCGACUUCGACACCGACGAGCCUCGCAGCCAGGACCUCGAGGACAAGCUGCGCACCAUCGCGAGUCGGAACGACGUCUACGAGGUGCUCUCGCGCAGUCUGGCGCCAAGCAUCUACGAGAUGGACGACGUCAAGAAGGGCAUUCUGCUCCAGCUCUUCGGUGGUACCAACAAGACGAUCAGCACGGGUGGUGGCGGUGGUGGUCCUCGCUACCGUGGUGACAUCAACGUGCUCAUGGUCGGUGAUCCUGGUAUCGCCAAAUCGCAGAUCCUGCAGUACGUGCACAAGAUCGCCCCACGUGGAGUCUACGCCUCGGGCAAGGGCUCUUCGGCUGUCGGUCUCACUGCCUACGUCACGCGUGAUCCGGACACCAAGCAGCUGGUCCUCGAGUCUGGCGCGCUCGUUCUCUCCGACGGCGGUGUCUGCUGCAUCGACGAGUUCGACAAGAUGUCGGAAGCCACCCGAAGUGUUUUGCACGAAGUGAUGGAGCAGCAGACGCUGAGCAUUGCCAAAGCGGGCAUCAUCACGACCCUCAACGCGCGUGCGUCCAUCCUCGCCGCCGCCAACCCAACCGGCUCGAGGUACAACAUCAACCUGCCCAUCACCAAGAACAUCGAUCUGCCGCCAACGCUCAUCAGUCGAUUCGACCUGGUCUACCUCGUGCUGGACAAGAUCGAUGAGGCGAACGAUCGACGCCUCGCCCGCCAUCUGGUCAGCUUGUAUCUCGAGGACAAGCCGGAUACGGGCGGCAAGGAUGUGCUGCCAAUCGAGACGUUGACUGCGUACAUCUCCUACGCGAGGAAUCGCAUCUCGCCGAUCCUCACCAAGGAGGCGGGUGACGCGUUGGCAGCGCGCUACGUCGAGCUGCGCAAGGUUGGUGAAGACCCGCGCAAUGCCGAGCGCCGCAUCACCGCCACCACCCGACAGCUGGAGUCCAUGAUCCGUCUCUCGGAAGCCCAUGCUCGGAUGCGAUUCGCCGACGAGGUCAUCGUGGACGAUGUCGAGGAAGCGGCGCGACUCAUCCGCGAGGCAGCCAAGUCCUCAGCCACCGACCCGCGCACCGGCCUCAUCGACUUGGAUCUCAUCAACACAGGUCGAUCGUACCACCAGCGCAAGCUCGCGGGUGAUCUGCGCCGAGAGUUCCUCCAGCUCCUCGAUGAGAUGGGAAGCCUCUCCUCCACCCGCGCCACCUCGCCCUCGGGCCCGUCGGGCACUCAACCCACCAAGGCCGUCAGGUACACCGACCUGGCAAAGGCCCUCAACGACCAGUCGUCCGGCGCUGUCGAUCCCAACGAACUCUAUGAGCUCGUAAGGACGCUCGAGAGCGAGGGCAUCGUCAAGACUGCCGGCGAACGCGAACGCAAGACGGUGCGCCGCAUCAGCUCCUAG